GCGCCGAGAAGAUGAACCGGAGCUUCAACAAAUCUCAGACUCUGCGGUAUCUGGAAUGCAGCGCAGUGGAAGUGAAGAGUAAGUUUGGGGCAGAGUUCAGAAGAUUCUCCCUAGACCGCUACAAGCCAGGAAAGUUUGAAGACUUCUAUAAACUAAUUCUUCAUAUUCAUCACAUAGCCAACCUGGAAGUGAUGAUUGGAUAUGCUGAUGUGCAUGGAGACCUUCUCCCUAUUAAUAACGAUGACAACUUUUUCAAGGCUGUUUCAAGUGCUCAUCCGCUGCUCAGGGUUUUUAUACAAAGACAAGAUGAAGUGGACUACAGUAAUUUUGGGACCAACACGUUGUCAAGGAAGAAGAAGGCUCUGGUGACACUCCGCAACGACAACCUCCGCCGGCGUCCUCACAUUAAUAUCGGCAUGCCUCACGAUUUUAGGCCUGUGUCUUCCAUAAUCGAUGUGGACAUUCUUCCUGAAACACACAGGAGAGUGAGGCUGUAUCGACACGGGUGUGAGAAACCUUUAGGAUUUUACAUACGCGAUGGCACCAGCGUAAGGGUUACUCCUCACGGACUGGAAAAAGUACCUGGUAUCUUCAUCUCUCGUAUGGUUCCUGGGGGCUUAGCAGAGAGCACAGGCUUGUUGGCUGUAAAUGAUGAAGUCCUGGAAGUUAACGGCAUUGAAGUAGCAGGAAAGACUCUCGACCAAGUCACAGACAUGAUGAUUGCUAACAGCCAUAACCUUAUUAUCACGGUCAAGCCAGCGAACCAGAGGAACAAUAUUAUUCGGAGCAGUAGGAUGUCUGGUAGCUCUGGGCAGUCUACAGACAGCACCGCUAGUCACCACAGCUUGCCUACAUCUCACGUACUGCAGAACUUCCAUCCUGAUGAAAUGGAGAGUGACGAAGAGGCUGACAUUGUCAUCGAGGGCAGUCUGGAGCCGCAGCACAUUCCCAAACUGCACAGCCUUACUUCCAGUAGCCUCUCUAGAAUCAAUGGCAGCAGCCUUAGCCACAGACUUCAAAGGGACCUGGUGCUCAACAACAACUCUGGCCGAGAAAGCAAUGGCAGCAUCCACAAAUUACUCAGUUCCUUAAAAACUGAUCCCAGACACAGUCUGGUUAUUCCCCGAGGAGGAAUUGAGGAGGAUGGCACAGUUAUUACGCUUUAGUAGCAAUUGCUGCAACUCUUUUCAGUCUUAAGUGCCAAUGGGGACAAUUGACUCUUAGAACUUGUUAUGCACAAAACAGAGCUGAUAUUCUCAUAGACCUCACAGGUGCAGAAUAUUUUUGCUGUCUAGGAAACAUGGCAUUUGGAGUUAGAGAGAAGACUGCCAUGCACUGCAAAAUUGAUCAGGAGAAUGCCAGAGUGUAAAAGCUGGUUUAUAUCUCAGUCCUAAAGUAAGAGGGCAGAUUAGUUGUAGUUUGUAUAAAUUUAAGCAGUUUUACAAGCUACCACUGGCAGUGCUACAUGCUUGGGUUUGAAUGCAUGGGUGGAUGUAUUUAUACACGCAUGUAUAUGAGUUAGGUUUUAAUAGUAAUAACAAAUGUCUAUUUGAAGUGGAAUCUGUUUUUCCUCUGAUAUGAGUUUUAAAAGAGCUCUUCUCAAUAGCAUUACAUACAGACCUUCUGCUAAUUUGUUUAUACCACAUUUGCAGUGUUAUGUCUAAACCAGACAAGCUCUGUAAAAGUAGUUUUCUGCCGUAGUGGUAACAAUGGUAGGGAGAUGCUGCAAAUGCAUUUCCCAAAUGAAAAAAUGUAUGUAUUUUUUAAAGUGUAGGGAGAGGAGGUUGAGAGGGUUAUUGCUUUGGGAUCAGCACCGCCUGCUGGUCAGAGGCAGAUCUGCCUGCAACACAGAUCUAUACUAUAUGGGAAAACAAAAUCAUGACAAUGAGAGCUUAAAACUGUUCAUUAUGUGUCAAAUGUAUUAUUUUUGAUAUUUAUUAGAUAAUACCUCUUCUUCAAAUUUUCUCACCAUCUCUUUUUCAGUAUCAAGUUCAUGUGAAUUCUAGGGAUACAUUACACGCAAGAAGGUGAAAAGAAAUGGGAGAGUGCUAGGACUGUUUCCUUCCCCACCAAGAUAGGUUCUCGCUGUAUACAGCCUAAAUCCUGGAGGUCCUUUCUUACCAAAAUUUGGCCAAUUGCUAUACCAAGGAGGGAUGCUGACUGUCUUUCAAACCUAACUUAGAAUAGUUCUAUUGUUUUUGAACUCUUCUAGUAAUCAUAAAGCUUUAUGUCUACACUUGAUUUCUAGAAACUUACAAUAUGCUGGAUGUUGGCGGUGGCCAGACAUCCCUACUGGAUACUAGUUAAGGAGUAACCAGUGACUGCUGAGUGGAUAACUGCUCACAUCUGAAAUGCCAUGAAUUUGUUAAAAUGAUCAAAUCUAAAGUAUUUUGUUACAUCUCAAUCAGUGUAAGGAGCAAAAUAUAAAUGUUUUACAAUGUAUUUUUCUACUUUUAGCUUGUCUUUUUCUUUUUGUUUUUAACU